UUUACUUUGGUCAACUGAGCAUUUUGCAGUUCUGUAUCGAACAGCGACCGAGUUUUGUCAAAUACAUCCGCCGAACCCACUACGCAGCAACCAUGUCGCUGGUUUCGCAUAUUCUUCGCCGCUCCAUCUCGCAAUCAAUUGCCAAGAACGCCCAGGUUGGUGGCCCAUCCGCUGUUGCUGGACACGAAGCCGGCGGAUACAAGGUGUGGAAGAAGCUGUCGUUCUUCGUGGCCGUGCCGGCCGUCGGCCUAUGCAUGCUGAAUGCCUACCUGAAGCACCAGGAGGAGCACGGACACCCGCGACCAGAAUUCGUUAAGUACGAACACCUGCGCGUCCGCAACAAGCGCUUCCCGUGGGGCGAGGGCAACAAGAGCCUGUUCCACAACCCGCACACCAACGCCCUCCCGGACGGCUACGAGCAUUAGACAAUUGUGCAAGAAGUCCUUCAGCUGCCUGGGAUCAGGUUCCGGAAUGGUUCAGAUGCAUGGGUGGACGCGGUUGUGGAAGUAGCCGAAGUUCAUGGAUUGGCUCCUAUCUCCCAGCUGGCGAAUAGUGUUGUUUAAAUAAAACGUUCGGUCAAAUAAGAAUCAA